CUGACAGGAAGCGGUUUUCUGAAUUGUAAACCAUGUAAACACAAGGUACACAGGUGUGCAUCAGGUAAAUAAACAACCACGGUUUCAUGGAAUGGCAUACCUAGCUGGAAACACUCGAAUGAGUCGAGGGGUGACAAACAUGGACAUUUCAAGUGGCCCAGGGUACGCUAACACGAGCAUUCUGCAACAGAACAACACAUCGACCUCUCAGUCUAACGACCCCCCGUACGCUCUGCCCCACCAGUACCACAAUGGGGUGUCCCUGGAGAAGUUCCACAAUGCAGGUGUGUCCAGUCGCCUGACCGUGCGUGAGGCGGACUCCCAUAGCCGCCAUCACCGAGGAAAGAGCCACUUUGACAACAUUCGUUCGGAGUGGCUGCGGCGCGGGCGUUUGUACGAGGACCCCGAGUUCCUGGCCCACGAGAGUUCUGUCUACUACAGCCGCAGUCCCUCCUUCCGCAUAGAGUGGAAGAGACCCACGGAGAUUGCUGCUCAACAUCGACUGAAGCCUGCAUUCUUUCUAGACAAUGCCACCAAGUUUGAUGUUAUUCAGGGAGAUCUAGGUGACUGCUGGGUAGUAUCGGCCAUUGCCUGUUUGACGAGUCCUGAUCACCGCGAACUCUUUCGCCGCGUGGUUCCCGCAGACCAAGGGUUUCAGGAUGGCUGGUAUGCCGGGAUCUUUCGAUUUAAUUUCUGGCAUUUUGGCAGGUGGGUGGAGGUUGUUGUGGAUGACCAGCUGCCAACUUACCGUGGACAGCUAAUGUUCGUUCACUCAUGGCAUAAAAACGAGUUCUGGGCAGCUCUGAUGGAGAAGGCAUACGCCAAACUGUAUGGUUCGUAUGAGGCCUUGAAGGGAGGGAAUGUAGCCGACGCCUUGACAGACUUUACCGGUGGAAUCUGUGAGGGGUACACACUCAGGGGGGUCAACGCCAACGUCCCAAGAAAUAUCGUCAACAUCCUGUUCAAGGCCUUAGAUAGACAAUCUCUGAUUGGUUGUGGUAUCAAUCCGGUGAAGGGUAACCAAGGAGAGCAGAAAUUACCCAGUGGUCUGGUGGCAGGACAUGCUUACAGUGUCACAGAUCUCAGGGAGAUUUUACUGAUGUCAGACAAUCGUGAGACUCCAAUCACCCUGAUCCGGGUUCGAAACCCAUGGGGCAACAAGGUGGAAUGGAAAGGGUCAUGGGGAGACAGAUCUCGAGAAUGGAACAGCAUUCCUGCAGAUGACCGAGAAAAAAUGGGGCUUAUCUUCAGGGAUGAUGGUGAAUUCUGGAUGGAGUUUACUGACUUCAUGCAUCACUUUGAUACAGUAGAGAUUUGUAACUUGACACCGGAUUCUCCUGUUGAAAUGCCCAAACAGUGGCACACUUCAGAAUAUCACGAACGCUGGCUCAGAGGGUUUAAUGCAGGGGGUCGACCCAAGUACAGAGGGUCUCAUUGGACAAACCCUCAGUUCAAGGUGACCUUGUCUGACACAGAUGAGGAUGCAGAUAAGAUGUGUAGCUUUAUCGUCCAACUGAUGCAGAAAGAUCGCAGAAAAAUCAAGCACAAAGGAGAGAAGCUCAUCUACAUCGGCUUUCUUGUUUACAGGUUAAUGCAGAGUCUCCCUGUCCCGCUGAAGAAGGACUUCUUUGAGACGAAUCAGAGUGUAGAGUCUAGCGGCCACUUCAUCAACAUGCGUCAACGAAUCGCGCGGCUCUCCCUGCCUCCGGGGGAGUAUGUGGUGGUUCCCUGUACAUGGGACCAGAAUGAGGAGGCGGCCUUCUACCUGCGAUUCUUCUUUGAGAACAGGAACCGCGUGGAGGAAGCAGAUGAUGCCCCGGUCAGAGAAGAGGUGCCCCUCCCCUCCACCGACAAAGAAAAAGAGGACCACUUCAAGCGCUUCUUUCACUCUGUCUCAGGCGAGGAUAUGGAGGUCAGUCCCUAUGAAUUACAGACAACCUUGAAUGAAGCCUUACAGAAAGAACCUCUCCACAAGCACCUUGGUAUUGAUGCAUGUAAAACAUUUGUAUCGCUGCUGGAUGUUGAUGGUUCAGGUAAACUAGGAUUCACAGAAUUCUUGUAUCUGUGGAAGUUACUUCAGAGCUGGAAGAGACUGUUUUACCAGUAUGACGUAGAUGGCUCGGGUAUGCUCAGCUCGUUUGAACUCAGACGAGUGUUGGGAGCAGCAGGGUUCAAGGUGGACAACUCUACCAUGAAAUCGUUAGUUUGGCGUUACACAGACGAACAGUUCAAUCUCAGUCUAGAUAGCUACUUUAUUUGUCUUGGAAAACUUAUGAAGCUUUUCAAUGAAUUUGACAAGUUAAAGAAAAAUGACCUUGUGACAUUAUCUUUACCAGAGUGGUUAAAGAAAGGAGUAUCCUGAUACAUGGACUAUAAUGGAUGACUGCGGUAGUCCAUGGAGCGAUCUCUGGCCGUGGUAGAGUUAGUACUGUGGGACAACACAUCUGUGUUCGGGACCCCCUCAAGUACACAGUAGUCUUUUGAACAAUUGUUAUAGCAACAAGGCAUGACAAUAUGGGAAGUGAACCAAGUUACAUGUAAAGCCAUAUUAAGUUCUGGAACCAGCAUGACAACUAAGUGAGCAACAUAGUCAACUUAAUGACAGUUUAGUUUUGACAAUGAAACAACAAGUGGUGAACAUUUUGACAACAGGGAAAACAAAUAAGAUCACGAUAUUACCGGUAGUUGCCAAAUGAUGGUGUCAUAAGCCAUGUGACAACAUGAUAAGCCACCUUACCUGAAGCCAGUUUGAUCUUUGUUUGUGAUAUCGUGUUCUGUAUCAAACAAUUUUUUGGAUUACACAGGGUUAUAAGCUAUAUCUGCAUCUGCUCAAUUACCUCAGGAAUUUCACCCACCCUCUGGCUCCCAGCAAAGUCCCGGGGUGGUUAUAUUGGAAUCUACUCAUCUGUAUAUUCUUUGGUUAAGAUUGUACAUUAUGACUGAUCUGAGUAUCUUCUAUUAUCAUUUUAUUACCUUUUCUUAACCAGAUUUCUUGUAUGUAAAGUAAUUAUGUUUUUGACAGUUAUACAUACAGGGAAAGAUGUGGUUUGUCUAAUGACCGCUAAUUUUAAAUGUAUUUUUUUUUUUUAUCUUAAUAUACAAGCCUUUCUAGAGGAGUGUCCUGUUAUUUUAUAUUUGUACAAAAUGUUUUUUUUUUUUAAAUUGAUUUUAUUUGUAUUUAAUUGAUUAUUUAUUAACUGGUUGUGAUUGAAUAUAUAUGUGUAAUUACGAUAUAAAUAGAGGUUAUUAAUAUAUUUUUUUUUAUUUAUCAGGUGUGGUUCACUAAGAUCAUUCCAAACCUUUUCCAUGAUUGAAAUGAUUUAGAAACAGGCAGCUAUUUGUUUGCAUUAAACAAACUAAUUCCAUUGUGAAAUAGAAAACACAUUCCAUUCUUUCAAGAACUUGAAUUAUGACAUAAGCCAGUUGUUCUCUUCAUAUCUACAAUCACAGAUUGGUUGUAACAAGUUUAGGUCUUACAUGUAACAAUCUGCCAUUGAUCUGAUAUUUGUUUACUGUGAUUACACUAUAUGUAGGUAAAUUAUUGUAGAUUUACCGAACAAAGAUCUGAUAUUCACUGCACUGUGGCAUCAUGUAGGUAAAAUUAUGUGUACGUGUAUGCUUACAAUAAAUAAUCUGAUAGAUGUAUUCUGUGCAUAGUAACUCAACGUAGCUAUAAGUGCACAUGUACCAAUAAGUGAUCUGAUAUUUGUGUACUGAGGUAACACAAUUAUAAACAUGUAGAUUUAAGUGUUAGUGUACUAAUAUUAAUUGUGCAUAUUGCUGCAGCACCAGUAUUAACACUGCAUCAAAUGCCAUACUGUUGUCUUAACUGGUAGGCAUUGUUCAUUUUUAUACGAAGUCAGAUUAUUUUAGUUGACUCAAUUUUUAUUUUAAUUAGAGUUUUUUUUGUGUGUGUUUCAAUAACUUUUAUUCGAUUUCUAAUUCUUUUGAAUUUAGUUUUGGAGGUGCAUUUUAAAAGAACUUUUAGAAUAGUUACAUGAUAUUGUUGAAACAGAUCUUGAUUGAUCGUUCUGUACUUUUGAUGAUAAUUGAUCUAAUUGUUAUGAUAAUUUAUUUGUUGCUAUGUAUAUGAACCUACGUACCAUAUAUGGUAGGAAAUGAUCAAUAACUGAUUAUAUUUAUUUUUGUUUUAAAAUUCUAUAGUGUAUCUGUGCAUUAUGACAGUGUUUGGGAACAUAAUUACCUACUGACAAAUUGUUUAAAAAAUUAAAAAUUAAAAUAAUUUUUCCAACAU